AUGCUCCGCCGCGGCGUGCUCCUCCUCGCGGCCGUCCUCCUCCUCGCCGUCGCACACUCGCCCCUCGCGUACGCCUCGGAGGCCGACCACAAGUAUAAAACAGAAGAACCUGUUAAGCUAUGGGUAAACAAGGUUGGGCCUUACAAUAAUCCUCAAGAAACUUACAACUAUUACAGUCUCCCAUUUUGUCAACCAUCUGAAAACCCUGCACAUAAAUGGGGUGGUCUCGGAGAGGUCCUUGGUGGAAAUGAGCUGAUUGAUAGUCAGAUUGAUAUAAAGUUCAUAAAGAAUGUGGACAAGGGGGCCAUUUGCACAAUUGAACUUGAUGCUCAAAAGGUUCAGCAAUUUGCUAAUGCCAUUGAAAACUCAUAUUGGUUUGAGCUUUUCAUAGAUGAUCUGCCAUUGUGGGGUUUUGUUGGGGAGACUGACAAAAACAAUGAGAACAAGCACUACCUUUACACUCAUAAGAACAUUGUUAUUAAAUACAAUGGUAACAGGAUAAUUCAUGUGAAUCUAACGCAAGAGUCACCUAAGCUUCUUGAAGCUGGUAAAAAGUUGGAUAUGACUUAUUCAGUAAAGUGGGUGCAAACAAAUGUGGCAUUUGCACGGCGUUUCGAGGUUUACUUAGACUACCCAUUCUUUGAACACCAGAUUCAUUGGUUCUCCAUGUUCAAUUCAUUCAUGAUGGUUAUUUUCUUGACUGGUUUAGUGUCAAUGAUAUUGAUGAGGACACUAAGAAAUGAUUAUGCAAAAUAUGCUCGUGAAGAUGACGAUCUGGAAUCACUUGAGCGAGAUGUUAAUGAGGAAUCCGGGUGGAAGCUUGUUCAUGGUGAUGUGUUCCGACCUCCUCGCAGCCUGGUGUUUCUUUCUGCCCUUGUUGGUAUCGGCACUCAGCUGGCAGCUCUUAUCCUGCUUGUGAUUGUGUUGGCCAUUGUUGGCAUGUUAUAUGUUGGGCGAGGAGCUAUCAUCACAACCUUUAUUGUGUGCUAUGCUCUUACAUCUUUCAUCUCUGGAUAUGUUAGUGGUGGUCUCUAUUCAAGGAAUGGUGGCAAAAACUGGAUAAAGGCUAUGAUCCUUACAGCAUCACUUUUUCCAUUCUUGUGUUUCUCGAUUGGAUUGGUGUUGAACACUAUUGCUAUCUUCUACCGAUCAUUAGCAGCUAUACCAUUUGGCACAAUGGUUGUCAUGUUUGUUCUUUGGGCUUUCAUCUCCUUCCCGUUGGUUCUAUUGGGGACUGUAGUUGGUAGAAAUUGGAGUGGUGCUCCCAACAACCCGUGUCGUGUGAAAACGAUCCCACGCCCUAUUCCUGAGAAGAAGUGGUACCUUACACCUUCUGUUAUUUCAUUGAUAGGUGGACUUCUCCCCUUUGGCAGUAUCUUCAUUGAGAUGUACUUCGUAUUCACUUCCUUCUGGAACUACAAGGUGUACUAUGUCUAUGGUUUCAUGUUGCUGGUCUUUGUCAUCCUGAUAAUAGUCAUCAUAUGUGUCACUAUUGUGGGUACUUAUUUCUUGUUGAAUGCUGAGAACUAUCAUUGGCAAUGGACAUCAUUCUUCUCUGCUGCUUCUACCGCCUUGUAUGUAUAUCUAUACUCUAUAUACUAUUAUCAUGUGAAGACAAAGAUGUCAGGCUUUUUCCAGACAAGCUUCUACUUUGGUUACACCUUGAUGUUCUGUCUUGGAUUGGGAAUACUUUGCGGUGCUGUUGGGUAUUUGGGCUCCACCCUAUUUGUGAGGAGAAUCUACAGAAAUAUCAAAUGCGACUAA